AUGAUUGAUAUUUAUCUACUGUCAGAUGGUGUGUCCAAGAUUGGUGUCAAAAUGACUAAAUCAAUCACCAAAACGUUGUUGCAUCUGCUCAAAGAUUUUAAAUCUACAGAAUAUGUAACGGAAAUUGACUUCAUACAAAAAUGCCUCAACGAUAACAGAUUUUCUUCGGAAGAUAUAAUCAUAGAUUACUUUCUAAAGUUGACUCAGUGCGAAGAGUUUUUAAAUAAGAUUGCUAAAGAUUUUAUAAAAAUCAACAAACUUAUAAGAGUCAAUGAUGAAUAUAUAAAAAUUUUAAUAUUUUUCCUUAUAUUCGUUUUGGAUUCGAAAAAUGCUAAGGAGAUUUUGGAAGAUCCUGUCUUUUACACUAUACCUUUAUUGAAUUUUCUUUGUAUGGAUGAAAAGUAUCCUACCAUAGCUAAAUGGGCUACGCAGUAUUUUGAUAAUGAGUUUGUUGUUCAUAAUGUGCUUGAACCUCUUUUAGGUAGAGUUGGAGCUUUCAAAGCUAUUAUCAGGUAUAUAGAGCAAGAGGAAGAUAAAAAAAUGCCUAAAACUCUACUAACUAUUCCCAAACCAUUUAAACUUUCUGGUUCAGGCGUCCCUCCACCACCUCCCGCCAAUACUCCCGACAUUAAAAAGUCCGAAGUGGAAGUUUUUGAAAAGACACAUCGCACCGUAACUUUCAAUAUUAUAGAAAAGAAGUUGGAAAAAGAACAUAAGAAACACGUCACUCAAGCUUUAGCUUUACUAAAGAAAAUAAAAGUAUUGAGAGUACCUACCAAUAAGACAGCUAAAAUUUCAACUGAGAUAACUGAUGAAACUCAGGUUCAUACUAAAUGGUUUACACCAACAAAGUUGCCUCCCAAGAAAGAAGUGGAAAUUAAGAAGAAUAUAGCAACAACCUUAAGAGACGCUUCUCGACUUCUCAAAGAACAAGAAGAGGAAGUGAACAGAAUCCAGAACAUUUUAAAAGGAGGUUGUUGCAGUCAACAAAUAGAAGUGGCAUUGGUUGAAGAUAGAAAGAACAACGAAAGGGCAGCGUGGGAGUAUAUUCAAAGAAGACAUCUCGAGGGUCUGAUUACUUUCGAAGAAGCCAUACUGGCAAAGAAGAAACUGUUGGAAGAUAAUAAAGCCAAAUUUUUAGAAGUGCAAGCCGAAAAAAUGUAUCUGAAUCAAAUUUUAGAUGAAUUUAAAGAAAGAGAACAGAAAAGAGUUAAGGCAAAGGUAGAACAAACUCACAAAGAGAAAGAAGAGGCCAAAGAGGCAGAAAAAAAGUUCGUCGAAAGAAAAUUAGAGGAGGCGAGAAUGCGCGAAUACGAGUUAAAAGAAAUGUUGAAAAAACGAGAACAGGAAAAUGCUGCCGAACUAGCUAGCAAGAUGGAACUUAUCCAAGAAAUUAAAAACAUUCAUGAGAUCAACAUGAAAAUGAAUGAAGCUAGGAGAGAGUUCGAUCCAACAGAAACCUCCAAUUUAGGUCUACUUUGUGAAAUGUCUAUUGCGGAAUUACGCGAACGUCUUGCUGUGGAAAAAAUGAAAAUGUGCCAAGAACUGGAAACUAAACACGAUAGAGUACAAACUCAAAGACGUAAACAGCAAGAUAUGAUCGAAAGAUAUAAAGAGUUCAUUGACAACACUCGAAAAGCUCCCAAAAUGCUAAUCGAACCGGUCUACAGGCCUCCAGUAUUGGAGGAAAAUUCUGAAUUGCAGGCUCUUAGAAAACAGUUGGAGGAAAAAAGAAGUUUAAGAAUUAGUAUGUGA